AUGGCUACCCCACCCACCCAUCAAGACAAGAUCGUCGUUGACGAGGACAGCCAGAUCGAAAAGUAUGGCUCCAACACACCGCCUGCCAUCGAGCUCCAAGAUGAGCUCAACCCUCUUGUUGGCCGCAGCCACGGCCAGCUGAUGGCCGAGGUGGACGCCUUCGUCGAGGAGUUUGGUCUUCAGGCGGACCAGGAAACGUUCCGCAAGGGCGCUCUUGUUGCGCGGCGCCAGCAUGACUUUGCCAACAUUCCCGAGCUCACUUCCGAGGACAAGGAUUCUCUUGAGCACGAGAAGAAGCACAAGUGGCACCUGCCCAAGGCUCUCUACCUGACGGUCAUUGUGUGUGCUUUGGGUGCUGCCACUCAGGGGUGGGACCAGACGGGUUCCAACGGUGCCAACCUUUCGUUCCCCCAGGAGUUUGGUAUCGCCACACCCGUCGGCGAACCGGGUGGUAACCGCGACGAGUGGAUUGUCGGCUUUGUCAACUCGUCCCCUUACAUCUCGGCCUGUCUUCUUGGCUGCUGGAUCAGUGACCCUCUGAACAACUGGUUUGGCCGUCGAGGAGAGAUCUUUAUUACUGCCAUUAUGCUUAUCGCCACGCCAAUUGCUUCCGGUUUCACGCACAGCUGGCAGGCGCUUGCUGCUGUGCGUCUUGUCAUGGGUGUCGGUGUUGGCGCCAAGGCAGCGACCGUCGCAAUGUACUGCGCCGAAAUCUCCCCUGCGGCUAUCCGCGGCGCUCUCACCAUGGGCUGGCAACUUUGGACCGCCUUUGGCAUCUUCCUUGGAUUCUGCGCCAACGCUGCGGUUAAGGACACCGGAAAGAUUGCUUGGCGUCUUCAACUGGGCUCUGCGUUCAUCCCGGCCGUCCCCCUUGCCAUUGGUGUCCUGUUCUGUCCUGAGAGUCCCAGGUGGUACAUGAAGAAGGGACGCAUCACAGAUGCAUGGACUUCCAUGAAGAAGAUCCGAAACACUGAACUCCAGGCGGCUCGUGACCUUUACUACGCCUACGUCCAGUUUGCCGAGGAGCAAAAGGUCAUUCAAGGUCGCACCUACAUCACUCGCCUGACCGAAUGCUUCACCAUCCCUCGCUGCCGUCGCGCCACCCUUGCCGCUUCCGUCGUCAUGCUCGCUCAACAGAUGUGUGGCAUAAACAUUAUGGCAUUCUACUCGUCCACAAUCUUCAGCGAGGGAGGCUCAACUGACACGGAAGCGUUAUACGCGUCAAUCGGCUUUGGCGCUCUCAACUUUGUUUUUGCCCUUCCCGCCGUGUUCACGAUUGACACUUUCGGACGUCGUUCACUUUUACUUGCAACCUUCCCUAACAUGUGUUGGACGCUUCUUGCCGGCGGUCUCUGUUUCCUAAUCGAGGACCAACAGAUCCGCACGGGUUUGGUCGCCUUAUUUGUGUACCUCUUUACAAUUGCUUACAGCGUUGGAGAGGGACCAGUCCCCUUCAUGUACUCUGCCGAGGUCUUCCCUCUGGUGCAGCGCGAGCAGGGUAUGUCCUGGAGUGUCGCUUGGAACAACGCCUGGGGCGCCGUUCUUGCUUUGACCUUCCCUCGUCUCCUCCGCGCCUUGACCCCUACAGGCGCCUUUGGCUUCUACGCCGGCAUGAACGCCGUGGCCUUUGUGUGGAUCUACCUCUGGGUUCCCGAGACCAAGCAGCUCACCCUUGAGGAGCUCGACCAGGUUUUCUCUGUCCCUACAGCCCAGUUUACGGGCUACCAGGUCAAGAAGGUCCUCCCCUGGUGGUUCAAGAGGUAUAUCCUCCGUCAGAAGAAUGCCCACCUCGACCCCAUGCCUGUUCCUUCUCGCCAGCAGGUUCAUGCCUAA